AUGGCUUUCUCCAUGUCGCUCUCUUCCGACAUACUCAGUGGGGCCCCCACAGCCGGGAGAGGCGGAGGCUGCUCAGCCGCCCUGUCCCCGCGCGGCCGAGGGAGCAAAGGGCUCGGCACUCGGGCCCCUGGGCCUCGUGGCGACGGGCAGCAGCCGCCCCUCGGGACCGGUGGGGAUGAGGACCCCGGCGCCGGCUCUGCUUCGGCGGGCGGCUCUAGGCUGGCGGCAGCAGCAGCGGGGGAGGCGGCGGCCCCUGGGGACAAGUCUUUGUGCUGGGCCCCGCGCGGCCGCCUCCUAGCCUCAUCCCCAGCUGGGGAGGCAGGCUCCCGGGGUAGGGCGAGGCGGGGAGGGCCUCGACCCGGGGUGCUGUGUAGGGGCCUCGCGGGGCCGCCGCUUAGACCCGGGCUCGCCAGGUCCUAAAAAGGAGCCUGCGCCUCCGCCUCCGCCGCCUGCACCGCCGCGAAGCCGAAGCCGAAGCAGAGCUCGGCGCCGCUGCUCCCGCCGCCGCCUCAGCGCCACACAUCGCCGGGACACCCGCGCCGGGCAGCCCCGCCGGCCGCCCUCACGCACGCGCUGUGCCCCGCAGGAGCUCAGGGCCGCCCCUCCUGCCGCCCAGCUUCGUGACUCCACGGCCCCACGCGCCCCUUGCUGCCUUCCGCUGGGGUUUCCGAGCCGCCCCCGAGCCGCGCACCCGACUUGCAGGCGCCCGCCUGGGCCUCCCUAAAACGCGCCGCAUACAGGACAGGCCCCUGGGCCUUCCGCGGCGAUGGCGCUGCGCUAAUGACGUCAUAGGCCCGGACUCGCGUGAGUGCGCGUGCGUUGGGGCCUCAGCCUUUACCUCCACACUGCGGAGAUUCACGCCUGGAAAACGCUCUUCUGAGAUGAUCUGUGGAGGUCAACCCAGGAGAGAGAAGACAGGACUGAAGCACCGAAAGGGUCCUGCCGUAACGGAGCAGGAUUGUAUAGAAUAUAUAAUAGCAGUAGCAGCUCUGUUUACGGAGCAUUAACCUUACGUGGAGUUAUUUCCUGCAUUUCCUCCUUUCAUCUUUACAAGGUAGCCAUUUGGCGUUGUGAGGUAUGGAUGUUCCCAUCCCUAAUUUGCAAAAUAGGUAACUGAGGCUCAGGAGAGCUAGACUAGUUUGUGCACAGCCGAGAAGUGGUCAAGCUAGAAUGGGACCCCAGGUUUGUGCUCCCUACUCUCCACCGAUAACCUAUCAAAGGGCUUUGCAAGAGCUUUUGACUAAUCGCCUCUCAGUGGUUCUCAUUCACUUAAUUGCACAUCAGUAUGUGCCAAAUCUACUAGACAUUGGAGAAACAGUAGGAACAACACCUGGUACCGGCACAUGGAUCUUUCAGGAAAAUGAAGUAGGUAAUAAACAGGAAAAAGCCCGAAUCUGAUGCUAAGAAGAACAUAAACAGGAUGCUGAGAGAUUGGGUCUCUCCACAUUGCCUAGGCUGCUCUCCAACUUCUGAGCUCAAGUGAUCCACCUCCCUUGGCCUCCCAAAGUACUAGGAUUCCAGGCGUGAGCCACCGUGCCUGGCUGAGAAGAUGGAUUUAAGACAUGUUUUGGAGGUAACAUCAUCAGGACUUCCUGAAGGAUUAGAUGUGGAAGGGAAGGAUAAGAAACAGACCAAGGAUAACUUUCAAAUGUAUGCUUAAGCAACUAGAUGGAUAAUGAUGCCACUGAGUGAGUGAAAAACUUGAUGGAAGUGGAAGAUUCAGAGUUCGUUUCUAUCUAGGUUAAUUUGAGACAUACCAGAGCAUAAGUCAAGUAAGUAAUUGAAUAUUGGAGUGGAGACUUAGUUGUCUACCGAAUUAUUAUUUUAUUUGUCGGACAUACAUCUACACUGCAUUCCUCAAAGUAAAAUUUAAGUGUGGCUCUGUGCCUAUGCUCUCCCCAGCGGAAAGUGAGCAGAAGAGGUGUGCAGUUUCCAGGCCUGGCCCAUACAGACCUCCAACAGGUGUUCCCCUGUGCUCUUACUCCUUCUGCCAACUGGAAGCAGAUGGUGACAGGCUCUGGAGAAGGCAAGGCCUGAAGAUGGGAGAUUCCUAAGUGGAGGAGAACUGUGCCUUACUGACCUAAAUAUCCACUCAGUAUUGUUAUGUGAGAAUAAAUAAACUUGUGUUGACCUUUUA